AUGCGCACAUUCACUACCAUCGCCGCCAGCGUGGCCCUGCUCUCGGGGUUCGCUGUGGCUCACCCUCACCAUGAGACCAGCCCCGAGCUGCAGGCUCGCAAGUUCGAUCUUUCCAAGAGAUGCGCAUCCUCCGUCGCUGCGAUGAACAAGAAGCGAUGGGCCAAGCGGAACGAGAAGCAUCUUGCUGAAAGGGACGGAAACACCACAGUCUCCAUCACCACCGAGGCACCGUAUUACGAUGUCCUCCAAAACGAAACAUGCAUCCUCACCGAAGAGGUUACCACUGGCCCUUAUAUUUGGCCACAGUCGCAGACCUUGCGACAGGACAUGCGGGAGGACCAGCCCGGAGUGCCCUUGCUCCUUGACAUUGGUGUCAUGGACGUUGAGACGUGUGAGCCACUUGACGACGUCCUCGUCGACAUUUGGUAUUGCAACGCCACGGGUUCCUACAGCUCGUUCACCAAGCAGAAUCCCGACACACCGUUCGAGGAGCUCUUGGAGCAGUUGAACGCGACUAUUGGCGAUGAUCUGCACACGGACGACACGACCUUCCUGCGCGCUCAUUGGCCCACUGACAGCAAUGGUAUUGUCGAGUUCACGGGUAUAGUCCCGGGUUUCUAUGUUGAACGAACCAUCCACAUCCAUGUUCAAGUGCACACAGAUUGGUCCAUCCGAGCCAACGGUACCGUCGCAUCGUCGACGACCGUAUCCACAGGCCAGGUGUUCAUCAACGAGACAAUAAGCGCACAGCUUAUGGCGCUUGAGCCAUACGCAAGCCACACAACGAUCAACCGGACGACCAACGACAUUGACAGUAUCUUCGCUGCCGAGAUCGCCAACGGCUUUGAUCCCAACCUCCAGAUCGUGCCGCUUGAUGGUGAGAACAUUGAGAAUGGUGUGGUAGGGUAUAUCACGAUCGGAGUUGAUACAUCAACGCAGCAGAGGAUGAGGAGGGACAUUCAGGAUUCCAAAAUCUGA